UGCGGGGUCCGGGGGAGAGCGGAUAUAGUGAAUGCGGGGUCCGGGGAGAGCGGAUAUAGUGAAUGCGGGGUCUGGGGACAGCGGAUAUAGUGAAUGCAGGGUCCGGGAGAGCGGAUAUAGUGAAUGUGGGGUCCGGGGAGAGCGGAUAUAGUGAAUGCGGGGUCCGGGGAGAGCGGAUAUAGUGAAUGCAGGGUCCAGGGAGAGCGGAUAUAGUGAAUGUGGGGUCCGGGGAGAGCGGAUAUAGUGAAUGCGGGGUUCAGGGAGAGCGGAUAUAGUGAAUGCAGGGU